AUGGUCAGUGAAGGGAGAGGAAAGCCAAAGCUGGUGGUGAACACUGAUGUCUCCAAGAAUGGAGAUCUCUGCAAAAGGGAAGACAGUCUGAAUAUGGUUCACUUUGGAAAUACUGGCAGCACUACUGACGAAGGAGAUGGUGAAGAAACAGUUGUUCUAGUUGUGGAUGAUGCAGAAAUUAUUCCAGCUCCUCAGUUUCCAUCUCAUCCUAAAAGAAAGAAACGCAGACGCACCAUUUGGAAACAUGUCACUGAACAAAAAGAACCACCUUCAGUUCCUGUUUUUGAUAUUCCAGAGCAAACAGAGGACGAGGUGCUGUUGACACCUUUGCAAUACUUCAAGAGGUUCAUGUCUGAUGAAUUCCUCAGUGAGAUUGUUGAACAGAGCAACUUGUACGCUCUACAGCAAAAUCCUAACAAGCCUCUGGGUCUUACAUGUGAUGAGUUUGAACAAUGGCUAGGAUGUGCUUUCUUCAUGUCAGUUAGCAAAAUUCCUAAUACACGUCUGCACUGGUCUACUUACACAAUGACUGAGGCUGUAUCAUGUGUUAUGAGUAGAAAUAGGUGGGAAGAAAUCAAAUCCCAUUUGCAUUUUGUGGAUAACAGCAACACUGACACCACUGACAAGUUAUGCAAGGUGAGGAUGUUGAUAGACCACCUGAGACAGGAGUUUAGAAAAGUUCCUAUGACUGAGCAUCUAAGUGUAGACGAGCAAAUUGUUCCCUUCAAGGGAGUAUCAAGCUUGAAACAGUACAAUCCAAAGAAACCCUCUAAAUGGGGAUAUAAAAUAUUUGUCCUAGCAGAUGACAAAGGUUAUGUUUAUGACUUCAGGCCUUAUACAGGUAAAAUUUGCCCUGUAAGCACCAGUGAUGUGCCUGACCUUGGGCCAAGUGCUAAUUCGGUUUUACACUUGGCAGAAGUGAUACCUCAUCACAAGAACCAUAAAUUAUAUUUUGACAAUUGGUUCAACUCUCUUCCUUUAGUAGAGUACUUAGCGACUAAAGGGAUUUGGUGCUGUGGCACAGUUCAGAGUAGGAGACUUCCAGAUUUGUCAUUCCAGUCUGAUAAGCAACUAGACUCCAAGGGUAGAGGUAGUUACGAUGAAUGGAUGACAACGAGUGACAGUGGUGUUACUACAUAUGCAGUCAAAUGGUAUGACAACAAAGCAGUGUGCCUAAGUUCAACAUUUGCUACUUCUCAACCACAACAGACUUGUGUGAGAUAUGACAGGAAGAGAAAGGAAGAAGUUGAAGUCCCUAGACCUAAUAUUGUCAAAUUGUACAAUGAGCACAUGGGGGGUGUGGAUCUUCAAGACCAACUCCUGGCGUACUAUAGAAUGUCUUUUCGUUCUAGGAAAUACUACUUGAGGCUUGUUUUUCAUCUUUUUGACAUGGCAGUAGUCAAUAGUUGGCUACUUUACAGGCGCUCAGCUGUCUCACUAGAAAUUCCUGAGAAGAAGCAAUAUGCCCUCUGUGAUUUCAAACUAAAACUAGCUUUCUCACUCACAGCUAGUGGAAAGGAUUUGAGAAAGAAAAGAGGGAGGCCAUCAACUGAUGCUGUAAAGGUAAACUUUGAGAAAAAGAAGAAAUGUGGCAGAGCAACUAAACCCAUUCCUGAAGAUGACAUCCGCAAGGAUGGAAUAGGACACUUCCCUGCUUUCUCAGCAAACCGUGCAACAUGCAAACUCCCAGGGUGCAAAAGCAAAGUGCGUAUGUAUUGCCUAAAAUGUAAUGUGUACUUGUGCUGUGAUCAGAAGAAAAACUGCUUCCUGGACUUUCACCAGUAG